AGCAGCGGCGACACACGACACAUAAACAAACCGGGCAACGUUAGUCGUAUUGUGGCGCUUGUUAUCGGUUAAUAACGGGGCUCGGUGAGCCGGUAGCCCGGCUCGGUUCGGGGGGAGAGGAGACGUCGGCAUCAUGGGGAAGUGUGUUGUCUCUGGAUGUCCGAACCGCGAGGCAAACCGGGGGAUCUUCAACCGGCCACCGAAGAGGUUCUUCAACUUCCCCAAAGACCCCGCACGAGUCAAGGUAUGGCUGGCGGCGCUGAGGGAGACGGACAAGCAGGACUCCACGGAGCAGCAUUUAAUCUGUGAGGACCACUUCCUGCCGGAGGACAUCUCCACCAACGGGGUCAACAGUGACGCCAUUCCCAUCAUGCCCCCUUGUCUGGACGGGCCCUUGAUCAGCCCCUGGGGAGCCGAAUCGUCCGAGGAAGAAGAUCAGUGGGCCACCGGUGGCGGCUGUGAUGAUGAUGAAGAUGAUGCAGAUGACGGUGGGGAUGAUGGUCCUGCUCACGUGGAGCCUCCGGCACCAGAGCCUCCUGCAGUGGAUCCACCACAGCAGGAUCUGGGUGCCAUGACGACUCCAGAGGCCAAGACGACGGGCAUCAGCCCUAAUCAGAGGAUCCAGACCAAGAGAGUCACAGCAGAUGUGUCUCUGGGGACGCUGACGCAGCGUUUCCUGGAGCUGUUGCUGAAUGCUCCGGACAGCUCGGUUGACCUCCGGCAAGCGACCACGAGCCUGCAGACCCGCAGGCGGCGAGUCUUUGACAUCAUCAACGUCCUGGAAGACAUCAGCCUCAUCGAGAAGCAGUCGGCCAACAAGGUCAAGUGGAUAGGAAGCUGUCAGAUCUCCAGCUUUCUGUGGAAGAACCAGCAGAAGUUCGAGAGAGAGCUGGAGAACCUGAAGCUGGUGGAGGAGACGCUCGACAGCCUCAUCAAAAGCUGCGCCCAGCAGCUCUUCGACAUGACCGACGACAUGGACAACGCCGCGUUGGCUUAUGUGACCCAUGAGGACAUCAGCCGGGUCAGAGCCUUCGAGGAGCAGACGGUGAUCGUCGUCAAAGCUCCGGAGGAAACCAAGUUGGAAGUUCCUGCGCCCAAAGAGGACAGCAUCCAGGUCCAUCUGAAGGGGGGGAGGGGUCCCAUCAUGGUGGUGACCUGCGAUAUCGAGGCAGGAGACGCGACUACAGAGAAGAGCAGCUGCUUCUUAACGCUGGAGGAAAGCCGGAUAAAGACGGCCACGCUGCACACAGAGUCCUCCAGUCCACAGAGUGCUGUUCAGAGCGCAUAGCCACCAGCUGACCACCAGGAGGCGCCAGCUGUCCUCACAGAAGCCUGAAUGGAUUGUGUCCAGAUACUGAAAUCACAGCUCA